AUGGGUGAAAUGAAAAUGGGAAAUUCGGAGCAUAUUAAAGAAGAGGAUAAAUAUAAUAGGGUUGCUCGGCACAUUGAGAACAAAUGGAAACUUGUACCGGCGUUUUUAAGAGGCAAAGGAUUAGUGAAACAACAUCUUGAUUCUUUUGAUUAUUUCAUCAAUGUUGAAAUAAAAAAAAUUGUUGCGGCUAAUAAUUUGAUUCUUUCUGAUAGCACGGAUUCAUUUUUUCUCAGAUAUUUAGAUGUAAGAGUUGGAAAUCCAGAAGAAUUGGAAUUUAACGUUUCAACUCGAGUGACUCCACAUGAAUGUCGACUGAGAGACUUGACUUACUCCGCUGGUAUUUAUGUAGACGUCGAGUACAUUGCCAAAACGCGGGUGAUCAAGAAAAACAUUUGCAUUGGAAAAAUGCCAAUAAUGUUAAAGAGCUCAAACUGUGUGCUAAGAGAUGCAACUCACUUCCAACUAUCAAAAUUAAACGAGUGCCCACAUGACCCUGGCGGUUAUUUCAUAGUAAAUGGCCAAGAAAAAGUGAUUCUAAUCCAAGAGCAGAUGAUUAAAAAUCGUAUAAUAAUUGAAAAAGAUAACAAAGGAUGUAUCAUGGCGUCCUGUAACAGUUCAACAGAUGAAAAGAAAACUAAAACAAAUAUUGUCGGCAAAAACGGCAAGUACUACUUACGCCACAAUAUAUUCCAAGAUGAUAUCCCAAUAGUUAUAGUAUUUAAAGCAAUGGGAAUAGUUUCUGAUCAAGAAAUAAUUCAGUUAAUUGGUACCGAUGAAGAAUCAAUGGAAAAAUUUGCAUCGAGUAUUGAAGAAUGUCGUUCACUCGGUAUAUUUUCCCAAAACCAAGCAUUGAAAUUCCUCGCUGCAAAAAGAAAGCACAGAAGAUUUGCUUCUACCUCAAAAAUGUCUCUAACAGAUGAAAUCAGCGACGUGUUAGCUCAAAAUGUAAUAAGCCACGUGCCACUAGUCGAUUUUAAUUUCAAAUCAAAAGCAACAUACCUAGCAGUGAUGAUAAAGCGCGUAAUCCGCGCCCAGUCAGACAGCUCACUGAUAGACGACCGUGAUUAUUACGGUAACAAAAGAUUAGAAUUAGCUGGCUCUCUGCUAGCGCUUAUGUUUGAAGAUUUAUUCAAGCGCUACAAUACAACCCUCAAACAAACUACUGACAAAAAUAUUGCUAAAAUAAAAGCGGCGCCUUACGACAUCACCAAACACAUGAACGCAGAUUCAAUAACAAAUGGGCUAGUCUUUGCUAUAUCAUCUGGAAAUUGGAACAUAAAACGUUUUAGAAUGGACCGUAAGGGUGUCACGCAGAUUCUAUCGCGACUGUCUUAUAUUUCAGCGUUAGGAAUGAUGACAAGAGUGAACUCUCAGUUUGAAAAAACUCGUAAAGUAUCAGGACCUAGGUCUUUACAGCCGUCUCAGUGGGGAAUGAUGUGUCCCAGUGAUACUCCUGAAGGAGAAUCUUGCGGGUUGGUUAAAAACCUCGCUUUGAUGACUCACAUCACUACGGAGAUUGAAGAAAAACCAAUCGCUAGAUUGGUUUAUAAUCUAGGAGUCGAAAGCAUUAAUAUUCUCAGCGGAGAAGAAAUCCAGAGCAAAGAAGUAUACAUGGUCUUUUUAAACGGAAACAUCUUGGGAGUUAUUAAAAAUUAUAAUAGGCUCGUCAAUGUUUUUCGAAUGCUGCGUCGUCAGGGUUUAAUUGACCCUUUUAUAUCUAUUUAUCUCCAGCACAGCCACAAGUGCGUCCAAAUAAGUUCCGACGGAGGUCGUCUUUGCCGUCCGUAUAUUAUUUGCAAAAAAGGCGAGUCUUUAUUAACAAGUGAAGAUAUUACAAAGCUUGAACAGGGUAUCAAGACCUUUGAUGAUUACGUGCAUGAAGGACUCGUUGAAUACUUGGAUGUAAAUGAAGAAAACGACUGUCAUAUUGCGUUCAAUGAAGAGCACAUUACUUAUAAAACAACUCACUUAGAAAUAGAGCCUUUUACUCUUCUGGGAGUCUGUGCUGGGCUCGUUCCUUAUCCUCAUCACAAUCAGAGUCCGCGUAAUACUUAUCAAUGUGCUAUGGGUAAGCAAGCCAUGGGAACUCUGGGGUACAAUCAGCGGAAUCGUAUUGAGACUUUGCAGUAUAAUUUGGUCUAUCCCCAGAAGCCGAUGGUGUCAACUCGGACAAUUGAGCUAAUUAAUUUUGAUAAAUUACCAGCUGGGCAGAAUGCUAUAGUAGCUGUGAUGUCUUACAGUGGGUAUGAUAUUGAAGAUGCACUGAUUUUAAACAAGGCUUCGAUAGAUCGUGGGUACGGAAGGUGUAUUGUUUAUAAAAAUAUGAAAACUACGCUGAAGAAAUAUGGAAGUAAGACCACUCCGCUUCAAGACGGGAUCAAUGGACCUAAGAUGUGUGAUGGUAAGCCUGUUAAGUAUCACAAUGUAAUUGAUCAGGAUGGGAUUGUCGCUCCGGGAGUUUUGAUCAAUCAUAAGCAAAUUGUUAUCAAUAAAUUCGUACCGGCGAAUGUAAAUACUACACCGGGGAAUCCUAAUAGUAAUGAUCAUAAAGAGCAGCGUGAAACUCCGGUUGUUUAUAAGGGAACUAUUCCUUCUUAUGCUGAAAAAGUUAUGAUUGGAACAAAUAACAGUGGCGAGUGCUUGAUUAAAGUAUUAUUGAGGCAAACCAGGAGGCCGGAGAUUGGAGAUAAGUUCAGUAGUAGGCACGGGCAGAAAGGUGUCACUGGGCUGAUUGUCGAGCAAGAAGACAUGCCGUUUAAUGACCAGGGAAUUUGUCCUGAUAUGAUCAUGAACCCCCACGGAUUCCCCUCGAGAAUGACAGUCGGGAAGUUGAUUGAGUUACUUGCUGGAAAAGCGGGAGUUUUGAAUGGAGAACCUCACUAUGGUACGGCUUUUGGUGGGUCCAAAAUUUCUGAUGUUUGUGAAGAAUUAGUGAAGAAAGGAUUUAAUUAUCUUGGGAAAGAUAUGUUUUACUCAGGAAUUACGGGAGAACCUCUUCAGGCUUAUAUCUACUCCGGGCCGGUUUAUUAUCAAAAGUUGAAGCACAUGGUGCAGGAUAAGAUGCACGCGAGAGCUAGGGGGCCUUGUACUACUUUGACGAGACAACCUACUGAGGGAAGAGCUAAGGACGGAGGGUUGAGGCUGGGAGAGAUGGAACGGGAUUGCUUGAUUGGGUAUGGAGCUAGUAUGAUGUUGCUUGAAAGAUUGAUGAUUUCUAGUGACGCUUUUAAGCUGGACGUUUGUAAUCAGUGUGGGAUGAUGGGAUAUAGUGGGUGGUGUCAUAAUUGCAAAAAGAGCGGGUGCUUGUCUACGAUUACCAUGCCCUAUGCUUGCAAACUUUUGUUUCAGGAAUUACAGUCGAUGAAUAUUGUUCCGAAGUUAACGCUUAAGAAUUAUUGUGAUUAA